AUGGCCAACUCGACACCUUCUGCCAGCGAUUACAAGGGCAUUGUAGGGCCCCUUCGCCAUCGCUGCUCUCACUGCCAAACUGCUGGCCCAAAGCUUCUUCGAUGCAAUGGAUGUCUCGCCGUCCGCUACUGCAGCCGCGAGCACCAGGCCGCUCACUGGCCGAAGCACAAGUCUGAUUGUUCCAAGAUCAAGAAAGCUCGCGCCAAGGUUGCCGAAGAGGACCUUGCCAUCCGCAACGCCACGGAGAACUUUAUGACUCCUGCCAACGCCUUUGAAACGCACGUUGGCCACUUCUGGGGCAUGAUGAACACGCGAGACUACAUGCGGGCGCGGAUGGCGCUGGCCUUGAAGCUUGUUCACCAGGGGACGCUGGGCAGCGUCACCGAGGCCUACGAGCACAUGCGCGACAUGCUGCGAUUGAACCGCAGCGACAACAUGGGAUUGCGAGACAUGUGGUGGGCCACCUGUGAUCCAGACGGCCAAUACGACUGGGGCGACACGACCUUGCCGCACCUCAAUCUUCACGGUGCCGACGUCUUUGAGGAGCCAAAGCUUCUCAUCGUCGAGUAUUCGGAUUUAAACCCACUUGUAGCUCUUAUGCUGUUGAAUCUGAAGCUGCUCGUCGACAUUCAUAACCUACAGAUCACUCGCAAGAUCCUUUCCCGCACCCGUCUUCCUAUUGAGCUACGGGAUAAGAUAGAGCUGGCUGUUAUUCGGAGUCCCCUCUCCACAAAGCUCCAGAAAGAAGCGCCCGAAUCUCUUCUUCAAACCGAGUCCACUCUGAUCAAACAUAUCCGCCUGCUUGGCGCUACCCUGGUCGAGACCAACGGCCAAUUCAUGUUCAAUCUCUUUGAUCCCGAUGAAGCACUCUGCAGCAGGCCAGAGGCAUAUUCACGUGGGUCUUGGGAAGAAACGGCAUUCUCAAUCCAACAUUCGUACGCUGCAUGGUGGGAGACGGAGGGCGUCUUGGCCCUGCUGAAGGAUGCGCGCAUGUGCGCAGCGCGGGACUCGGAGGAUGAGAUUGAGGAUAUCAUGAACGCCCGGACGUUCAAAUCAAGCUCGGGACCGGAUCGUACAGCCGAGGAGCUGCUGGAGGACGUGAGCGUGAAUCGAAUCUGGGGAUACCUGGAUUAUGCAGCCGAGAACGCCUGCUACUUGGGCCCCUGGUCUGAGCGGCCUUCUGAGCAAUAUACAAAGGCGAGCAAGGAAAGUUGGGCGAGAGCCGAGGAGGAAGAUGACGAGGAAUGGAGCGAUGAUGAAGAGUAG